AUGGCUGCGAUCAAGCCAUUCCAGAUUUCAGUGCCGGAUUCGCAGCUCGAAACACUACGGAAGAAGCUUGAGCUGGCCAAUUUUCCAGAUGAGCUUGACGAAGCUAACUGGGACUUGGGCACGCCAUUAGCUGAUAUCAAACGCCUCGCGGGAUACUGGAGAGACAAGUUCGACUGGCGGGAAACCGAGAGACGGCUUAAUGAGCAGAUCCCUCAGUUUACAACUAAUGUUGAUGUAGCUGGAUUUGAUCCAUUGAACAUCCAUUUUGUUCACCAGAAGAGUAAAGUGUCUGGUGCAAUACCUCUCCUAUUUAUCCAUGGCUGGCCUGGAAGUUUCCUUGAAGUUACAAAACUAUUGCCGCUGUUGACAAAGGGGAGUGAGAGCCAACCGGCGUUCCACGUUGUAGCACCCUCUCUGCCCAACUUUGGCUUCUCGGAGGGAGUAAAGAAGAGAGGGUUCGGGAUCGCGCAGUAUGCUGAAUCUCUACACGCCGUGAUGACGGCCUUGGGAUACGAACAGUAUGCCAUACAAGGCGGGGAUUGGGGCGCCGUAAUAGCUCGUGUCAUGGCCAAGUUAUACCCUAAACAUGUAAAAGCGGUGCAUACCAACAUGGUCUUCAUAGCGCCUCCUUACCCGUGGAAGAAUCCUCUAGACCGGGCCAAGCUCGCCGUCACCUGGAACUACAUGACCCAGGGCAACGGAUAUCUGGCGCAACAAGGCUCUCGGCCACAGACGAUCGGAUAUAGUCUUCACGACAGCCCCGUGGGCUUGCUGGCUUGGAUAUACGAGAAGCUACAUGCGUGGACAGACUCCUAUCCAUGGACCGACGAUGAGGUAUUAACGUGGGUUUCUAUCUACGCCUUCUCGCGCGCAGGACCAGCUGCUUCAGCUCGAAUUUAUUAUGAAUUCAACCAUGCACCCUCUGGACCUGGGAAUGUUUCGCGCGCAGAGGCAGUCUCCUGCUAUUCUCCUGAUGUCAAGUUCGCCAUUGCACAGUUUCCGCGUGAGAUUAUUACGCUUCCGAUGUUCUGGUGUCGUUCAAUUGGGAAUGUGGUAAGGGAGACUGAGUUCGAGAAAGGUGGUCACUUUGCUGCUUGGGAGGUUCCGGAAGACCUGGCGGCAGAUAUUCGAGAGUUCCUAGGGAAAGAGGGACAGGCCUAUCGCGCCAUUAGUGGUGCUGAUGGAUAUUAA